UUCUAACUACAGUGACUUUUCCCCUCGUUAACAAACUCUUUUUAGUACCAUAUAUUAUUGUAUUGAAUACAAGAGAUUCCGAUAUUACUGCAACCGUCUUGUCCCGAAUAUAACCCGGGGAGAGACUAUUAUUGUUGAGCUGAAGAGCCAUAAAAUCAUUGAACAAGAAGGGGACAGCAGAGAGAGGAGAUGGAAGAGUUUGACUAUGAAGAAGUUGUCAAAGGAACAGACAGCUUCUCCCCAAGCAAUCUCAUAGGAAGAGGCAGCCAUGGGAGUGUCUACAAAGCUUCUCUCAGGAGCAACAAUGGCAGGCUGACCUCAGUUGCGGUCAAGAAGCUCUCUCACGCCCACGAGGAAACCUCCAAGAAGCUCUCCAAUGAAAUCUCUCUACUAUCUUCACUCUCUCCCCAUCCCCACGUCGUCAAGCUUCUCGGGUCGACCAGCCAACGCCACGGUCAUUGUCAUCUUCCUCUCCUGGUGAUGGAGUUCAUGCCCAACGGCUCGCUCCACGAGUUGCUCCACAAAUCCCCCGACUCGCCUCCUAGCUGGCCCACCCGGUUCCGGGUUGCCCUCCAGGUUGCCAGGGCACUUGAGUCCCUUCACAGUUCGGAACCACCAAUCAUCCAUCGGGACGUGAAGUCUACGAACAUCUUAUUUGAUUCCGAGUGGGACUCGAAACUCAUCGACUUUGGGCUCGCAGUCUCAGGGGAUGGCUCACCCAGCCCCGCCGGCACAAUCGGGUACCUCGACCCGGCAUACACUUGCCCUAGUAAACUCAGCACGAAGAAUGAUAUAUUCAGCUUCGGGGUACUGACACUAGAGAUCCUGAGCGGGAGGAAAGCCAUCGACGUCUCCAAGGAACCGUCUUCAAUUAUUGAUUGGGCGACAUCUCUUGUCAAAAAGCAACAAACAAGGAGCAUCUGCGACUCGAGAGUUUCACUUCCCGUGAACUUGGAGGGCAACUUCCGGCAACUGCUACACAUCGCGAUGCGCUGCCUGUCCCCCAAUGAGUCGUCCCGGCCCUGUGCACGGGAGCUUGUCGUGGAACUGGAGAGAUUAAGGCCAGUAAAAGAGACCCGAAUUCCAUCUUGGAUGAGCCCUCUGCGAAGCAUAAUCUUUUCGAGGCAGAGGCGGAAGUUCGCAGAGGAAUGCCGACGUCCUUGCACCACUGAUGUCGUCGGUGUUGAUUUUGCGAGGGGCAAACUGUCAUUGAGGGAGGUCCUGGCUGAUAUUACACUAGAGGAGAACAAAGGCAUUACGAGAUUCAAGUGAGUUCAAUAAUGUUUUCCAGCAAAAAAAUCAUGAUGUGUCAUCAGCCUAUUGGUCGAAGCUAAUCCUCGACCGAACGUCGGCUUGCCCGGGCCACAAUGAGGGUGUUGAGUCUUUUACCCGGGCUGAGUUGGUCAAAUGGACAAUUGCUGCAGCGGAAGUUCAGAUGCUGUGUUCAAAUCCAAAAGCUUUCAAAAGCAUGACAAUCCAAACACGAGAUUCCCAAUGGAGUAGGUGAGGAAAAGAGGAAUGUAUGGAGAAGAGCUUUAAUGUAAUUAUUUGGUGACUCAUCAUUCCUUAUCCCUUUUUUCAUUUUUCUUUUUUUUUGACAUUUGCAUUUUCACCCCUCGAGUUUAUCUUAUUCGUAUCAUGCCCCUCAGUCGUCGAUAUUCAAGGUGUGCUUGCGUGCUGUAGCCGGAGCUUUUCCGGCCAUGGCUUUUGGUACCUAAGAAACAAAGAAGCUGGUCGUCCAAUUGCCUUUGAGGCUCUU